AUGGGAAUUUGUUGUGGAAGCAAGGAGCCGAGUUACAGAAAGAGAAUUAAUGAUAUUUACUUGGAUGCCAUUCAGAGAGGAGAGACUAACAAGACCCUUUUAACGAAUUUAACUCUCCGAGCAGUAACAUAUCCAGAUCAGCUACCUAGCAUUGGUGGUACACUGGAAGCAAGAAUUAAGAGCGAUUAUACCAAAGGAAACCAGUUCAAUGUUGGUGUUGGAUGUGAUAUCUUCGAUGAACUCAUUCAUACCCGAUCAGAUUUGAGUUACUUUGUUGUGAACGUAGAUAAUGUCAUUGCUUUGCUGAUAGAUGGAAGAAACACCGAGCUAAAGAAGCGAGCUAUUAGCUUGCUGACAAGCUCGGUCGAUAAUGCUUCCGGUCCAGCGAUUAGAACAUUCAACAAAUAUGAGUCUAAAUUGGUGGAAUUGUCGAAAGGAGAGGAUUUAGAGCUCAAAGUGAACAGCAUUAAUGCCAUCACGAAAAUGAUUCCUAAAUUAGAAUCAUUAAGUGUCACUCCUAUCAUUCCAGGACUAUUGGCAACUAUUUAUCAAUAUUUGGAGAAGUUGAAUACUGCUUAUGAUGAUACAUUGAUUUUCAGAAUUCCAAACGUCGAUUUCACAAAACUCAGCUCCGAAAGUGCUGCUAAAAUUUCUGUGGAAUGUUUAAGCGCCAUCGCUAGACAAGCCAAUGAUGGAACAAUAAGACAUGUGAUGAAACCAAUUUGGGACUUCCUCGAUGACCAAAACAGAUGGUAUUCCAAGCAAGAAUUUGUUAGAUCAAUCAUGAGAAUUAUUGUGGCAUCCUCUAUUGAAUGGUCCAGCAAAGGCUAUGCCAUUGUUUCUACCAACAUGCAACAUUUUGAUGAAAUUCUUGAUAGAAAUCAAAAGGCAGGAAUGAUUCGUGCCAACAUAUUUAUUAUUUCAAUCCAAUCUAAGAAGGGAGCAACUAGUGGUGCUCGUGCCUUUGAAGCAGUGGCUCAACUGGUUAAUACUCUCAAAGGAAAUUUCCCAUUCACUUCCAACAAUCAGCUCACACCUCUCCAAUAUGAAGAUGUUCUUAAAAACGAUGUACUGAUAUCAUCUGUAUUGGAGUGCCUUUCUGUCAUUGCUCAACGUGGAAAGUUCACUCAACAAAACAUAUCCUUAAUGGAAUCUAUUCAGCAACUCAUCAAACAGCAGGAAACAAAACUCGCUUCAUCGGAACAAACUCGUAAUACUCAAGGACAAAUUGAAUUUGAGCAACUGUCGCAACAGGCCGUUCAACAUUUAUUACUUGUAGAAUGCCUUAAUUGUGUGGCAAAAGUUGGAGCUUACGUAUUAUCUAAUCAGCCACCUCAAAGCUCAUCAUCCAACAAUGGUAGCUCUGGUGGUUCUAAUCCUAACACAUCUGUAACAAAUGGAUCAACUGUUGGUAGCUCCGUAAAUGGAACUACAGGACAAAAUAAUAGCUCCAGUGGCAGCACAAGCGAAUCGUUCUAUCCCUCACAUUUAAUUAACGCAUUAUUGGAGUCUAGUGUUCGACCAAGCAACUCUGUUUAUGUUAGAUUUAAAUAUUUGACAGUUUUCCUUUCAUUACUUUCCACAAAGGAAUCCUCUAUGAAAACCAAUGUUGAAGAUCAAACAAGUAUUUCUCCGAACAUCAUUGAAACAAGCAAUAAUGUUAAGAAGUCCACUGCUUCUCCUGCCAUAAUGGAAGAAGCAGACACCAACAGUACAGCCAUCAAGACUCGUGUGACCAUUUCAAAGAGCCAACGCUCAAAGAUUUAUUUUUAUCUUUAUAAGGGAGUAUUUCUCAAUGACAAUUUACCAGAGAGCUAUGCAUGUAUUGCAAGAAUCAUGAGAAACAUGCUCAAGCAACAUAGAAAUAAGGAAAUUGAAAAUGCACUUCCAAUGCUUUUCAAACUACAAGAAGUUGCAACUGCCACGCCGACUGAAGUACAAUCAACAACAUCAACCUCGGUUUCAGAUUCAAUAGAUGAAGAACAUAACGACGUUCCUGAAAGACAACAACCAACAAUGUCCAUCAGAAACAAAUUAAUGAUUCACACGCUCAUUGUUAUUUAUUUAUUAUGUUUGGGUGAACUCUACAAUUCGAGAGAGCUCGAACAAUAUAUCAAGUCUAUUAUGGAAUCAAGAAUUAAGCAAGGUUUACUCACAAAGCAUGUGAUGUCUACUUUUGAAAAGAGACACAACAGUGGAAAUUCUCUUGAAACAAUGAAAGGAGCUAUUAGUGAAGACGAAAAGCUCAAAGAAUAUACCACAUCUUUUGCAUCGCUUAAUUCUCUCGUAACAGGAGCUGCCAACAUUGACAAGAUUGAGCUAGUGUCUCAAGAUAAGGUUUGUGAGCUAUUGUGCAAGAUUGAAACGUUGAAAGAAACCUAUGGUGAUGUUGCUGGCGUUACAAAGAUUGUGAAAAAGACGUUCACAGGAGAUUCAAUCACAAAAACCACAACUGUUGUUGCUGAUGAUGAUUCGGUUUCAAAACCACCUGUGGAUGAUCCAUGGUAUGCCCAAACAACAGAAGACAAGUCAGGAUAUGAUGUACAAGUUAUUGAAGGGUUGGAGGUUGAUCAAAUUGGAACUAAGGGAAGAAAUGUUUCCAGAGAUUCUUUAACGGUGAGCCAGAUUCAACUCGAUUUGACGUCCAACGUUGCAGAUGGCUUCCUUACAAAGAAACGAGAGGAAAAGAACAAAACAUUGGACUCCAUUCUCAACGCCGUUCCUUCCUCUCAAGAAGACGAUGCCCAAAGCGAUGAUGAAGACCUAGACAUCGACGAGCUCCAACAACCAAAGCUUUUCCUUUUCGACUCGGAGCAGUUUAUUUCUGUGUAG